UGCGUCAGCGGCAGUUGCCGCGGCUGCGUGGAGGGUUGUCCAGGUAACGACGGGAGUUGUCGCUUACUGGUGGCAUCAGAGAGACAGCUGUUCGUCGUGCAGUUGAAGCACCUGAGGACCCUGCUGAGCCCUCAGGAUGGAGCUGCAAAGGUGACCUGCAUGGCUUGGUCCCAGGACAAUGCCAAGUUUGCCGUCUGCACAGUGGACCGAGUGGUGUUGCUAUACGAUGAACAUGGGGAGCGGAGAGAGAAAUUCUCCACCAAACCAGCUGACAUGAAGUAUGGCAGGAAGAGCUAUAUGGUGAGGGGCAUGGCUUUUUCUCCUGAUUCCACUAAAAUUGCCAUAGGACAGACCGACAACAUCAUCUAUGUGUACAAGAUUGGUGAAGAUUGGGGGUGACAAAAAGUCAUCUGUAACAAAUUCAUCCAGACAAGUGCUGUCACUUGUCUGCAGUGGCCAGCAGAGCACAACAUUGUUUUUGGACUGGCUGAAGGGAAGGUUCGUUUAGCAAACACUAAAACUAAUAAAUCAGCUACCAUCUAUGGGACAGAUUCUUACGUGGUGUCACUGACAACAAAUUCCUCUGGGAAAGGAAUUCUCUCUGGUCAUGCAGAUGGCACCAUUGUUAGGUAUUUCUUCGAUGAUGAAGGCUCUGGAGAGUCACAGGGGAAGUUGGUUAACCACCCAUGCCCACCCUAUGCCUUGGCUUGGGCAACCAACAGCAUCGUGGCUGCAGGCUGUGAUCAGAGAAUUGUAGCCUGUGGAAAGGAAGGCCACGUGCUACAAACUUUUGAUUACAGCCGUGACCCUCAGGAGCAGGAGUUCACCACCGCUGCUGCAAGCCCUGGGGGCCAGUCUGUUGUGUUGGGAAGUUAUGACAGACUUCGGGUACUCAACUGGAGCCCUCGAAGAAGCAUCUGGGAAGAGGCAAAGCCCAGGGAGACUGCCAACUUAUAUGCCAUCACUGCCUUGGCCUGGAAACAUGAUGGCUCACAACUCUGUGCGGGCACACUCUGUGGUGGAGUGGAACUUUGCUGCCUCCGGAGAAGCAUUUAUAAGAAUAAGUUUGAGUUGACGUGUGUGGGACCUAGCCAGGUGAUUGUGAAGAACCUGUCAUUGGGGACCCGAGUGGUACUGAAGUCACACUAUGGCUAUGAGGUGGAAGAGGUGAAAAUCCUCAGAAGGGAAUGUUACCUGGUGGCCCACACAUCAGACACAUUGCUGGGGGACCUGAACACAAAUUGCCGUAGUGAGGUGGCUUGGCAGGGAUCUGGUGGCAAUGAGAAGUAUUUCUUUGAAAAUGAAAAUGUGUGCAUGAUCUUCAAUGCUGGAGAGCUAACCCUGAUAGAGUAUGGGAGUCAUGAUACCCUGGGUUCUGCACGUACUCAAUUCAUGAACCCCCACCUCAUCAGGUAA